CAGCAGGAUGUCAGACACUUAUGUGCGUCAUGUUGAGCUUUUGGGUUUUGAAAAAAGGUUCUAUCCAAGCCAGCAUUAUGUGUACAUGUUCCUGGUGAAAUGGAGCGACCAGUCUGAGAAGUUGGUCUACAGAAGAUAUCCAGAUAUCCAUACCUUCCAUAAAUCCUUGAAGGAGAUGUUUCCGAUCGAAGCAGGUGACAUUGAUGCCAAAGAUCGGAUCAUUCCUACAUUACCGGCUCCAAAAUGGCUGGAUAACCAGAAGACAACCGAGACCAGACAGGGAACCCUGGCUGAAUACUGUCUCAACCUGCUCAGUCUGCCUCCGAAGAUCUCCCGUUGCCAGCUUGUAAAAAACUUCUUCAAAGUACGCCCAGAAGAUGAGACUCCGCCAGCUCCUCACCCAUUUAAAAGAAACGAGACCUACGUCAUGUCCAGGGACAGAGCGAGGACCGUCACAUCUGAAAUCACAGGUCCUGUCAUGCUGGACAGCUACAGGGUGAUUGCAGAUUACAGCAAAAGUUCAAAAUAUGAACUCAACCUGAAGGCAGGAGACAUGGUGGAGAUUGUGGAGAAGAGUCCCAAUGGUUGGUGGUUCUGCCAGUGUGAGGCGCAGAGAGGAUGGGCGCCAGCAUCCUACCUAGAACCACUGGACGGACCUAAUGAGUCAGAGGAGCCUGAGCCCAACUAUGCAGGAGAGCUGUACAAAACCACUAAGGCCUACAAAGUAGCAGAGGAUGACGAGCUCACUCUGAAAAUUGAAGAAACUGUCGAGGUCAUCCAUAAACUUCUGGAUGGCUGGUGGGUGGUCAGAAAAGGAGAAGAGACCGGCUACUACCCAUCUAUGUUCCUGUGCAGGACAGGGGAGAUCAGGGAGGUGGAGGCUGACAGGAGCAUCAGGACGAGGAACACUCCACCACCCCGGAGGUCUACUAUACGCAAUGCCCAAAGCAUCCACGCCAAUGGCCGGAAAAGAAUUAGCCAGGACAGCUAUCGGCGUCAAAGUCGUAGAUUCCUACAGCAGCGAGUAAGACUCUCAUCCAACCCAAGGAAACUCUCCAAGUGCACUGUUGAGGAGAGAGAGGGAAACACAGAUAAUACUGCUACAUCAGCAACCUUGAAAGAUGAACCAAAGAAAACCCCAGUAAUUCCUCCUCGGCCCAGUCACGAACUUAUUAUGGAGCGCUGCACCGAGAACACACGCAGGAGGAUCAGCAUCCUUUCCAACUGAGCAGGACUAAACACUGGACUCACUCACGCUUGAGUCUUUUAUUACUGAAGCAGAUUCAUGGCUGUAUGUCUCUGUAUGGAAAGUUGCAUGACAUGACUUCCUUUUCUAACAGAUACUAUUUGUCUAAGCAGUUUAUCAAGCUUUUGUAGGUUGAACCUGAGAUGAAGCUUUUGCGACUAAUAUUGUUACAUAGUUUUGGCAGUGAGGACCACUGGCUUUACAACAUAUUAGCAAUUACAUUUGCUCUGUAACAUAAUGAGUGGUACUCAACUGUACAUAAAUAGUACCUAACUGUGUAUAGCAUUCCAUUUUAACUGUUGUUUAUUUUAAUUAUUGUUAU